AUGCUGAGUCCAGAUUUUGAAGUCAAUGAAUUCAAAGACAUUGCUCUUAAGUUAUACAAAGAAGAAUUCGUAUCGGUUCAGCCUGAGGAAUAUAUUCAAUUUUUAGCUUCCACUGAUGAAGAAUCAGUUCAAAUAAGAUCUUAUUAUAUGGAUUUAUUCAAAUGGGAUGCCAAUUUAUUGAAAGCUACAAGAACUUUAUGUUCCAAAUUAUACUUGAAGGGAGAAAGUCAGGAAAUUGAUAGAAUCUUAACUAGUUUUACCAAGAGUUACAUUAAACAAAAUCCUGUUAAUGUGUUUUGUACUAAGAAUUUUGAAAAGAUCUAUAUUGUUUUAUAUAGUUUGGUAUUAUUGAACACUUCUUUACAUAAUUCUGAAGUCAAUAAGAAAUCUAAAAUCAGUCAAAAUGAUUAUAUCAGAAAUACUUUCACUACUUUCAUCCAACAAGAUGUGAAAAGUCUGAAGAAAUUAUCAAUUAAACAAAGAAUUAUCAUUGAAAAGGAAUUAGGUAAUUAUUAUGAUGAUUUAUUAAGGAAUGAAUUACAUUUGAAAACCAGUGGUGAUGAUGAAAAAAUGAAUCAUAUCUUAGAUUCAACCAAGGACACUAAUGGUGUUCAUAAGAAUGGUCAUGAAGAACACCCUGAAUCUAAACAUAGUCAUAGCAAUAGUGUUACCACGGAAGAUUUAAGUUUAUCAAGACAAGUUUCAAGUUCAUCUAUUUGGUCAACUGAUACUGCAAAUAGAGCUUCACUCAAUAUGAAGAGAUUAUCAAGUGCUACUUCUUCAGUCAGUCAAUUCACUGUAACCAACAAUGGACGUAAUAAUAAUAGAGUUGGAUUCACCAGAGCUUUGGCUAAUGAUCAAGCAAGUUCUAGAUUUUAUCAACAAGGUAAUGGUUCCAUGGUUUCCAAUGGCACUUAUGGUACUAUCAGAAAUCGUCAAAGUAUUGAUAAAUUGAGAAACUUGAGUGGCAAUCAACAAAAUUUGAAUAAGAGAUCCUCAAGAGCUUCUAUUAUAAGUAGAGAUUCUUUAAUUACUAAUGGUGAUGACUCAAUGUCAGUGGUUUCAUUUGAUUCCAUAAAUUUAUCAAACUUCCAAUUGGAUGAUGCUCCUCAACAAAAUUUGGAAAAUUUCAAUGUAAGUGAAUUUCAAGAUAAUUUCGAUCUUACUUUAGAAUUACAAGGAUCACCUUAUUUGAAAGAAGGGUUAUUGAAAUUGAAAAUCUUGAAUAACGAUCAACAAGAUAAUAAUGCUCCAGAACCAAUAAUUUCAAGUGCUGCUUCUACUGCUUCAACUUCAACUUCAACUACUUCAAGAUUUUUCUCCUUUUUCAGUAGAAGACAACCUAUCACAGGUCAUGAACCUUCCAACACUAUCAACACCAACAAUCCUUUAACUAAUAAUAAAUUUGUGGAAUACUUCGUAGUGGUUUCGAAGGGAGAAUUGAACUUAUAUUCUUUUGACCCUAAAACUAUCAAGAAGCAUCAACAAAGAAUUAAGAAAUUUCAAAAGAAACAAUCUAAGAAUUUGUUAAGUUUAGAUUAUUUGGAUGAAGAGGAUGAAGAGGAUGGUGACAUUGGUGACGGUAAUUGGUUAAAAAAUGCUGCUAAUGUUGGUAAUUAUAAUCUUUGUUCUACCUUUUCUCAAAUUGAAAGAUCUUCCUUAUAUGUUAAAUCCGGUAGUAAUAACACUUUUGUGUUUACCAUAACUUUCCCUAAAACAACCAAAAGACCUAACAAAAAGUUUGUUUUUGAAGCUGGAACAAAAGAAAUCGCUUUAGAAUUUAUCAAUACCUGUAAUUUCUGGGCUUCUAAAAUUACUGCAAUUCCUGCAUUCGAAGAGAGUAUUUCUUCUAUUGAAUACGGGUGGAAUGAUUUAGAUAAUUUGAUCAGAAAUAAACCAAAUUUCAAAAAAUUAAAAACCAUUCAAAAAUGGGAAGUUUUACCAACUGGUGCUUAUUUAAGUAAUUAUGAUAAUAAUAAUGAAAAUCAUUAUAAUAUGAUGAAACAAUUCAUUAAGACUUUGAACUAUUAUAAUAACUUGAAGAAAGUGUUCAAAGAAUUUGAUGAUUUGAGAGUCAAAUUCUUGAAAAACUUUAAUACUUACUCAAACACUUCGAACUAUUCUAAAAUCACCAAUAACUUCGAAGCUAAGAUUGGUCAAUAUAAAUUAGAACUUAAAAAGUAUAAGAAUUAUUUGAUCAUUUUAGGUUUUGCCUUACAAUUAAGAUUUGAUUUAGAAGAAGAAGAAAAAUUAUUAAGUCAAGAUGUUGAUGAUUUGGGAGAUGGUGGUGCUCAUGAAGAAGCAGACGCUCAAAAGAGCGAAAAGGAUGAAAAUGAUACUGUGGUUGAAAGCAGUGAGGGUGAAGACACUAAAGAACCUGAAGAAAAAGAAACCGAAGUUGAAGAAGAUGAUGGAGAAACUGAAUUAUCAAGAUUGGUAAAAUAUGAGAUCCGUAAAUUAUUCAUUGGGUUAAAAGAUGUUGGAAAAAUCAUUCCAACUUUCCAAACAUCUAAAUCCAUUUCAAAUUUGAAUGAAUUACAAUCCCAAAUCCCAAAUUUAACUAUCAAUGAUUUCAACAACAGCUUCAAUUUAGUCAAAUCACCAAAAACCUUCACUUUAUCCAACUACAACGAUGAUGAAAGUCCUAUUAAUCAGUUGUUACAAACUACUAAGAAGCAAGAUAUGUUACACAGCUUCAGUCAUAAUACUAUUGAAGAAGAAGAAGAAGAAGAACCUGAGAAUUAA